GUUGUAGUCACUUAAGAUGGUCAUGAUAAGAGCAAGUAAAACUAAAACAGGAAUGAUCUCCGCACGAUCUCUCAUAUCAUCUUAUUUAUUCACUCUCUUAAAGUUUCAAGCAUUCCUGUCCUUCAGAGAUGAAGUUUAUUUGUUUGACCUUCUUGAUUAUUUAUGGAAUUACAGAUUCAAGAUCAGAGCAGUAUGAAGUAGUGGGAUUUGUGGAUCCUGUUUUUGCUGUAGCUGGUGAAGAUGUGAUUCUGCCCUGUUCAGUCAAACCCAGCAUCAGUGUUGAGGACAUGAGAGUGGAGUGGUUUAGAUCUGACCUGAAAGACUCACAACUAGUGCAUCUCUAUGAGGAUCAUGAAGACGGCAAUGCAGAGCAGAUUGAGUCCUACAGAGGGAGAACAGAACUGACUCAUCAAGAACUAGAGAGAGGAAACGCAUCACUCAGACUCUCAUCAGUCCGAGUCUCUGAUGAAGGACGUUACAAGUGCUUUAUUCAGUCCAAAUCCUGGUAUGAUGACGUUACUGUUGAUGUCAGUGUUGAAGGAGGACUUCAUCUACAGUGUGACUCUGAAGGCUGGAACCCUGAACCUGUUCUUGAGUGGCUGAACAGAGAAGGAGUCCGUUUGAGUUCAGAAACUACAGAGACACACAGAAACACAGAUGGGUUCAGUGUGAGACACACCAUCACUGUAUAUGAGAGAAACAGCAAGAUUCACUGCAGGAUCAGACUGAGACAUCACAUGCUGGAGACACAGAUUAUCACCUCAAAUAAAAGGUUUAAUCCUGGGAGGACAUCGAUCAUCUUGAUUUCAGCUGUUUUUGUACUCGUUGUGAUUGCUGGAAUGCUGAUAGCUGCAUGUGUUCGUAAAAACAGAGAACUUGGUCAACUAAAUAACGAGAACAGGAAAAUAGAACGAGAACAUGAUGACCUACAGAAGGAGAAGAGCAGAAUGCAACAAGAAUGUGGUCGUCUACAGAACGUGAGAAGCAGAAUACAACAAGAAUUUUCUUCAGAACAUGAUCAACUAGAGCAGGAGAAGAGCAGAAUACAACAAGAAAUGAAAACGGGAAAAGAGGACAAGUGAUGCUACAGUCAGAAAAAGAAGAUGGAAAUAAACAGAAGGAUUUUUACACGGUAAAGUGCGCUUCACGGUGAGGUGCAGGUGAAGAAGAGUCUGAAUCCUAAAGAUAAAUACUGGACUGUGGGUCUGCAUUGGGCUUGAGAUUCUUUACCUUUCUUCUCCUAAAUGUGUGGAGCCUCAGAGACUGUUUAUGGAUUAUGAGGAGGGUCUGGCUAGAGUCCAUGUCUAUUGACGGCAAUCUUGUUUGGGUCUUGAUUUGCUUAAAAUUUUAAGAUUAAAUGUUGUAUCUAUUUUUUUCACAAACUGUAAAUAUAUCUGUCAAGAUCACUGUUAUUUGAGUGCCAAACAUCACGACAUCUUUCCACUCUAGAGGUAAUCUAUCAUAAACAAUGUUUUUGAUGUUUGAUUAUGCUUAUGCUUAAGUGGUUAUGAACUGCAUUCUUUUAUUAUUUUAUAAUGUUCUCUGAUAUUCACUUAUGUUAUAGGUACAAAUAAUUUUUUUGUAUCAUAUUAAAAAGUGAACAUCAUAUUUUGGUUUC